AUUCGCCUACCUCUCUGUGCAACUUUUGUUGUUUCGCCGGCGCUCGCCUCCAGUUUCGCACUGGGCACCCCCGGAUUCUACGUUACACUUGACCCGCAUGCUCCUGCCAUCUCCGCAGAAGUUUCCUGACACGAGACUAUGCUGGCAUCUUUGAAGGAGGGGGUCUAGUUGGUCCCGAUACCCCCUCAAACACACAUUGACGUUCGAUUUCAUCACCUUCCGACAAAUGACCAUCGCCGAAAAUCUACAAUAUCUCUAGCCGUCGAUCCAGGCCACGCUCGGUUCUGUCUAUAUAAUCUGCCUUAAUUCCUCUGCACUGCUUCCAGUCUCCGUCGCAACAGCUCCUCAUCUUUGAGAGAAAAGACUUGACUUUCCUAAUCCUCCCACACAUCUUCGUUCAGAAGAUUCCCAGCCUACCUGAGUACCUCUCCUUUCUUUACUCAAGCCAUGGCCAACCGCGAUCAUGUGGCCCUCGAGCAAGGUCUCGAGGAGAAAAACCAGAAGUUCGAACACCUCGAGGCACAUCGGCAACCACGCGCAAGUUUGGGUCCGGAGAGUGUCACGAGAGCGUCCUUUGACCGACGCCAUUCCGUUGAUCAACCAGGUUCCAGACGCGGCUCUAUUCGCCAGAGUUUCGAGAAAGCAAACCUGGCAACCGUGUUCCCAGACUCCACGCACCUGGAGAUCAAUGACGACGAAAUGGGCAGAAACACCAUCGAUGACCUCGGCACAUCUUGGUUCGUCUGGCUCGUGGCAGCAACAGCAUCGAUUGCAGGGUCAUUGUUCGGCUACGACACUGGCAUUAUCUCGGCCGUUCUGGUGUAUCUGAACGACGACUUGAACAAUCGGCCAGUCUCGUCCAACGAGAAGGAAUUGAUCACUUCUCUCUGCUCCGGAGGUGCCUUUAUUGGUGCAAUCAUUGCUGGUUUGACUGCAGAUCAGUUUGGUCGCAAAAUCGCCAUCUAUGUCGGCUGCGCUCUGUUCACCCUCGGAGCCAUUCUGCAGGCAAGUGCCUAUAGCAUUGCCCAAAUGGCUGUCGGUCGGCUAGUUGUUGGCUUUGGAGUCGGUUCCGCGGCAAUGGUCGUGCCACUCUACAUCGCAGAGAUCGCCCCCACCAAAGUUCGUGGCCGGCUCAUUGGUCUCAACAACAUGUCCAUUACUGGAGGGCAAGUUGUAAGCUACGGUAUUGGAGCCGCUUUCGCCCACGUCCCACACGGUUGGCGAUACAUGGUCGGCCUCGGCGCAGUUCCCGCUAUCCUUCUGGGUUGCUUGUUGCCAUUCUGCCCAGAGUCACCCCGUCAACUCAUCUACAACGGAAAGAUUGCUCAAGGUGAGGCUGUUCUGGCCAAAAUCUACAAGGGCGCCACUCCCGAACAGAUCCGAGCCAAAACUGCUCUGAUCGCUGCGGCUUGUGAAGAAGCCAAAGAACUCAACGAGGAUCAAUCGCGCUGGGCCAAGAUCAAACAACUCCACACCAACCCAGCCAACUUCCGUGCCCUGGUCUGCGCCUGCGGUCUUAUGGUUAUCUCACAAAUGAGCGGGUUCAACACCUUGAUGUACUACUCCUCGACACUUUUCGCCCUGGUCGGCUUUGCAAACCCGGUCGCCGUCGGCCUCGUGGUUGCUGGUGUGAACUGGGUCAUGACAGGUGUCAAUAUGGCCUGCGUGGAUCCUCUUGGCCGUCGCCGCGUCCUGAUAUCGACAGUCUGGGGCAUGGCAGCCGGCCUGAUGGCCGUGGCCAUUGCAUUCUCGUUCAUUCCGAUCAACACGCACACGCUCGCUCUGGAAGAGACUAAAGUCUCCACCCCGGCCAUCGUCGUCUUGGUCUUCAUCAUCUGGUUCGUUUUCUUCUACGGUGUCUCUGUCGGCAACACAGCCUGGAUGAGUACCGAUUUCUUCCCCAUGGAAGUUCGCGCCAUGGGAACCAUGUGGUUGACCUGCAGCUGUUGGGGUUCAAACAUCAUUGUCUCAUCGACCUUCCUGUCCAUGAUGAAAGGCAUGACUCCUUCCGGUGCCUUUGGCUUCUACGCUGCGAUUUGUGGUAUUGGUUGGAUUCUCAUCAUCCUUUUCUACCCUGAAGUCUCUGGUUUGACCCUCGAAGAGAUCUCGGAAGUCUUCCAACAUGGUUUUGGCGUGAAAUACGCCAGAAAGCUUCGCCGAGAGAGAAAGGACGAGAUCAAGGAGAGAAUGCGGACUAUGGAACGACCCAUUGCUGGAGGACAUUGAUUACAGGAAAUUGUCUAUCAACGAUAAGGAACGAGUGGAAUUGCCGAUGAUCUGAGAGUUACGGAAUGAACUGUUGGCAGGCAGUGUCAUACCACAACUGGCAGCAGUUGGCGGCCACACCCUAUGCACAGCCCAAUUGGGUUAGCGUUUGCUUUUUGGCACUUCGAGGCUCUACCGAUUCUGUACACUCUUACGUAGUUGAGAUAAUCAAGCAAUUUAUCAACAACACUAUCGAGUGUUUACAUGAAUAAGCAUGAUUUAGGAAGGAAAUUAUGGAUAUAGUCGUUGUAUUAGCUUGUACACGGUCGCUUUAGUGUCAGUUCUGGCACGGUCGCUUUAGUGAGG